AUGGCGAAGGAGGUGUUCACCCUGGAUGGGGGGAAAAUUUCGGAGCUGGAGCGACUGGGGGUGGGGAACUUUGACUUCCUCUCCUGCCACGACGAGGGGGACGAAGAGCAGAUGGUGAGCACGCUGGAGAACAUCCACUUGAGUUACCUCCUGGCAGGCUGCAACGUGAUUAGCACCAACACCUUCCAGGUGAACCUCCACAGUUUGCAAGAAAAGGGCAUAAGCGUACAGGACGGCGAAGGCAUAGUGGACAGGUACAUCGACAUUGCCCAUAGAGCUUUGCUCAGAUAUGAGGGGAUAAAACGGAGUGAGGAUUUCCCACUCUUCCAUUUGUGUCCCCUGGAGGAUUCCUCUCCCUAUGAGCAUCUGGAAGGCUUCCAACAAAUGAGAAACCACUUGGGGAUCGUGCACCCGAAGGACUCUGUCAACACGAGGGAGUACGUGGACAGCUUUGAUUUGAGCCCCGGCGGGUGGGGGGGCAGCCCCAUCAGGAGGUGCCCGGGCCGCUACGUGGCCUUCGCCACUGGGGGCUACAGCGCGGCCUUCCGCGAUUUUAGCGAGUACUCCGGGGUGAUGCGCAAGGGGGGGGCGCCCGGUAAAGCGGCUCCACUUGGCAACGCCAUGACAAGCUGCAAACCGCAGAACCAACAGUAUGACAUUUUCAUAAGCACCCCCACCCUGCACGCAGAUGACCAACCGCCCAGCAUAAAAAUGAUCCCCGUGAGCAGCAGGGAGAGCGGCAGGGAGAGAGGCGGACCCUCGAGGGAGGCCGCCCCCAACAGGCACCUGUUCAACUACGGACUGGAAUACUACGUAGAUGUGGGCGACGAAGAAAUCAUAUCCAAUUGCAACUUCAAAUUGGGAGCAUACAAACGGAACGAAGAGAAGCUUCACCUCUUUUCCCUCCUCACUUCCUCUAACGUAAGAGAAGUGCUCACCCUCUACAGCCACUUAGUAAAAUGUGGGGGUCACUUUGAUACCAACGUGGUGGUAAGUUUUUACUGUAACGAUGGUCAGCACAUUGGCUGCUGUGGCUACUCCUUCGUAGACGUCGUGUUGAUCCUCCUAUACCUAGACUCUCGCAAUCGUUUCAUUAAAGCCAUCGGACUGAACUGCGUCAGCAUUGACAGUGUGCGAGAGCUGUUUGCCCCUCUGACGAGGUGCAUUUCUUCCGAUGGCACCGUCGAUGUGGAUGCUUAUGGAAGUCCCAGUGGAGAGUUAAGCGGGUUAACCAAGACCAUUUUAAAGGGCUUAAAAAAAAACAGAUUUUUGGGGGACAUUCAUUUUUUUGCCUCACCGAAUAAGUCCCUCAAUCGAGUUACCUAUGACUACGAAGGACGGGAAGUGCACUUUGAGACCACCCAGGAGAGGCACAAGCACGUGUGCAAUUACGUUGGGGAGUGGCUCCACGUGGGGCUUAGCGGGUUCGGCGGCUGCUGCUACUACAACCCCUACGACAUUUCGCUGUUGGAUUAUAAGUUGGGCCAGCUGGCAGGGGGCGUCGCGGUGAGGGAGAAGCAGCGGUGA